UAACAAUAAAAACAUGCUUCGACAAUGUACGUAUUGCUUUUACUUACACCUUGCAUAAGUAUGUAAUUAUCCAAGUUGGAAGUAAUUAAAAGUUUUUCAAGAUUAAUAUUGAUAUCAAGAUAUUAAGAUAAAUUUCAAAUUUAAUUACCCAGUUUAUUUGUUGAAUAAUCUUUCAAAAUGGAUUAUGCACCAACUACAGUGUCGUCGACUGUUGCCAAAAUAUUAUGUUGUCAAUGUGGUGUGGCCAUGGAGCCAAAUCCAGCUAAUAUGUGUGUAUCAUGUCUACGUACUCAUGUAGAUAUUACACAGGAUAUACCUAAACAAGGAACUUUGAUGUUUUGUCGUAACUGUGAACGGUAUUUACAACCUCCUUUUGAAUGGAUAUCUUGUGCUUUAGAAUCUAAAGAACUCUUAGGCUUAUGUCUCCGAAAACUCAAAGCAUUGAAUAAAGUUAAACUAGUUGAUGCAGGAUUUAUAUGGACUGAACCACAUUCAAAACGUAUCAAAGUAAAACUUACUGUUCAUGGUGAAGUAAUGAGUGGUAUGACACUACAACAAGUUUUUGUAGUAGAGUUUACUGUUGCAAAUCAAAUGUGUGAUGAUUGUCAUAGGUCGGAAGCUCAGGAUUAUUGGCGUGCUCUGGUUCAAGUUAGACAGAAAAGUGAUAAUAAAAAAACCUUUUAUUAUUUAGAACAAUUAAUGUUAAAACACAAAGCUCAUCAAAACACUUUAUCAAUAAAACCAGAAACAAAUGGUUUGGACUUUUUUUAUUCUACUGAAUCACAAGCACGUAAACUUGUAGAUUUCAUGACUGCUGUUUUGCCAUGUCGAAAUCAACAUUCAAAAAAAUUGUUAUCGCAUGAUAUUCAUAGUAAUGUUUAUAAUUACAAGUUUACUUAUAGUGUUGAAAUUGUCCCAAUUAUGAAAGAUAGUGUUGUUUGUUUAUCAAAGAAAAUGAGUCAGCAAUUGGGAGGAAUUAACCAAUUGUGCGUUGUUUAUAGAGUUACAAAUUCAAUCAAAUUGAUUGAUCCUUCAACAGCUCAAUUGGCUGAAGUUAGUAGUAUUGCUUAUUGGCGAGAUAGUUUUCAAUGUAUAUUUAAAAGUAAACAGUUAACAGAGUACACUGUGAUGGACAUUGAACCAAUUAUGGAUAAAGAUAGAGUGUUGUUCCCAGGACAAGGACAAAUUUCAUACAAACAUAUGUUAGCUGAUGUAUGGGUUGUGAGAUCAUCUGAUCUUGGUAUGACAACAAAUGCUAUACAUUGUAGAACUCAUUUAGGACAUUUACUAAAGCCAAUGGAUUCUGUUUUGGGUUAUGCCAUCGCUGAUAGUAAUGUAAAUGAUUCCAAUUUUGAUAAAUUACCUAAAAACUCUUUACCUGAUGUUAUACUUAUCAAAAAAUGUUAUCCUGAUCGUCCUCGACAUAGAAAACGUAAUUGGAAACUAAAACGUAUGACAACUGAUAAUGAAAUGAAUUUUGAAAGUGAUGAUAAUGAUAUGGAUGAAUUCAUGGAUGAUUUAGAGGAAGAUAAAGAUUUAAGACAAAAUGUUAAUAUUUAUAAGAAUACUGAUGCCCAAGAAACAGCUACAACUGAUGAUGUGGAUCCAGAUGUACCACGCAUAAGUCUUGAAGAGAUGAUGGAAGAUUUAUACAUUUAUGAAGAUGAUGUUAUGGAAGUCUAUGAAUAAAAUAUUUGUUUUAUAUUAUUGUUAAAGAUUAAUAAUAAAUAUUUAAAUAGUUAAAUAACUUAAAAAUAAAUAUUAAUAAUAUGUAUUCAUUAAAUAACAAAUAAAAAUAAGAGGCUAGGACCUAAUAGUACUGAAUAAAAUAUAAUCUAAACAAUAUAGAACAACAACUAAAUAUUAAUAGUGUAAAUAUGACAAAUUUAUGAUGUUUUAAAAUAAAGUUGACCGUGUAAGAAUAACUUAAUAUGGAAAUUCAUCUUACACUUUAUAGUAAUUGAUUGAUUAAAAGAGAAUUAGUUUUCAAAAUAUAAUUAAAUAUUUCUUAA